AUGAGUGCAGCGAGGUUAAAUCGGCAGGACCGUCCUCACCAAGGAGUCCUCAGGGCAGCAGCAACGGUGGAAAGCCCGGCAGCCCGCACUCGCCUAGGCAACCAAGACGCGUGAAGCUAACUCAACAACAGUUGGACAGCUUGACUAAGGACGAGCUAGCGGCUAAAUGGCAUGAACAGGACUUGUAUGUGGAGUGUCUAGAAGCCCAGGCGGCAGCUCAGGAAGGUACUGAGAUCACACGAGUGAGACCACCUCACUCACCACAUAUCUUAAGCGAAUUAACAAAUGCCAGGACACAACGGUAUUUUGUAAGAGACAAGACUCUCGUAGAGACGCUAAGCUUAGGGUUCAUUAGAUCAGUGUUUAGGAUAUUAUUGCUGAGUUAUCUGUUAGGCUUAAGGUAACGAGAAAGAGCUUUAGUAAAUAAGUACAGGUACAAGCGUAGGAAAGCGAUUUUUAUAGCGUUCUAUAAGCGAAAGCUUAGUACACGUGCAAUCAGAUUACUUCAAAAUGUAUCUGCACAAAAGUACUAGAAAGAUUAAAUAAGAAAUUGAAAGAUAAUGUUGCGCUUUAUACAAUAUAGUGAUUAUAUUAAUAUAUAAAUUUCCAAAAUUAUAAUAUAUUUGUGAUGUGUACAGUGCGGGUAAUUAAAAGAGUCAUACGUAUCGUGACAUAAGGCAAUAAUUCUCGAGGUAUUUGUGAGCAUGGGUGGAGUGAUAGCCGCAUAUACGUACAAGGGUACGUUCAAUCCGCUAAAUUUUCUUGUGAGCAAUUACAUUGUCAGCCAUAAAAAUCAGAGUUAACGAGUAAAAAGUGAAAACGGCUGAGAUAACAAGUGCUUAUGUGUGUCGAGAAGCUUCAAUGAGGUUUCUCUACAAUAAAAAAAGAAAAGAAAACGUGUCCACCAUCGUUGUUGUGGAAGGCACGGCCUUGCCUAAAAUGUCAUUUCAUAAGUGCCCUGUGCAGUGUAUCGCGUAUAUUUCUCUGCGGUGUAAUAAUUAUACUGCCAAAAUGCGCAGGAUAGUGUGUGCCGUGCGUGUAAUUCGAAAAAUACCGAGUUUCUGCUUAUCGAGGAUCAGAUGAAAAGCAGCGCUUUAUACGAUGGCGCUGAAUUUACGGCUCAGAGGAAUAAUAAGAGUGGAUCCGUGUCACCCUUUGGCCUACAAAAUACUGCACCUGGGGUGCGUGAAAUUUGAAUCUCUCGGUGAAGUACGCAACCACACUCGUCGUUACCAAUUGGAACACUACAUGACCCCGUCAACCUACAUGAUCCUGUCAUCUGUCUAUCUUUCCCCUGGUCUACGUAUCCUUACAUAUUAUCUUGUCCUUAAACUUCUUCUUUUUCCAGUUAGAGAUAAUAUGACUUUUAAUUAACUGUACUCCCAGACCGAUUAUCCCUCAUGUUCUUACUAUGAAUGCAACUUGUGCAUGCAUUUAUACCUGCACCAUAAUGCCCUGGUAUCAGAUACAAAUUUCAAAAGUACAUACCUGUGGGUUAUGUCCGGCCAGCGUCUUGUUACAUCUGUGCCUGCAACAAGAGUACACGCUUGAUUCUUGCGGAAGAAAAGUAACGUCCACUCUUGGUCUUGGUGGAAGUACAGAGAGUCUCGCAAAUGGCACGUCGCAACGACUCCAAAAAUCAAAGUGAACUAACUUCAUUGAGAGAAUCCGAAAACAAAUACAGACAACAAUAUAUAGAGGCAUCUCACAGGGAGAAGAUCUUAGUAAGGAGGCUUGCCUCUAAAGAGCAGGAAUUGCAAGAGUAUAUUAAUCAAAUAACUGAAAUGAAAGCCACCCAAGCUCCGUCCGCAGCUGCAUUAAGAUCCGCUCUAUUAGAUCCGGCUGUUAACGUAUUGAUACAGAAAUUAAGGCAAGAGUUAAUAACGACCAAGGGCAAAUUAGAGGAUACACAGAAUGAACUAAGUGCAUGGAAGUUUACUCCAGAUAGCAAUACGGGGAAAAGAUUAAUGGCAAAAUGUAGAUUGUUAUAUCAAGAGAAUGAAGAUCUUGGUCGUAUGAUUGCCAGCGGACGUAUUGCUAAAUUGGAAGGCGAGCUUGCUCUACAAAAGAGUUUUAGUGAAGAAGUGAAAAAGUCACAAUCAGAAUUAGACGAGUUUCUGCAGGAUUUAGAUGAAGAUGUAGAAGGUAUGCAAAGUACCAUUUACUUCUUACAACAAGAACUGCGCAAGGCUAGAGAGUCUGUCACACUACUGCAACAGGAGAAUGCGUCGUUAAAGGCAAAUACAAAUGAGAAUAAUUUAUCGAACGGUUUGUCGCCGCAUACGCCACCAAUUAAGAAAGACGAACCGGAAGAAACUGCUGUACCAGAUACGAAACCUCCGAAAUCGAUGGAGGAUAGUGAUAUGUGCAAAGGUGUAAGGACUCCACCGUUAACGUCGCCCCAGAGUGAGCUUACCAGUGUAGAAAGAACAGAACGUGCGGAGAGAAAACUUAAUCAAGCCGAUCAUAAUGACGAGAGUUCUAGCGACUCCGCGCCGUUAAUUAUUAAGGUCGAGAACGAGGAACUUAGUGAUAGGGAAGAGGAGCAAGAAGAAAAUCGGAAUAAACGAAUAUUAAGGAGUAAAAAUCACAGUAGGAAUAGUGGUAAAUCGAAUGGGGAGGAGGUGAUAAUACGAACAACACGGGGUAGGGAUAGAAUAAAGAGGGAGAAAAGUGCAGCCAGUAGUGAUGAUGAAAGGACGCACAAGAAGAAACGGAGGGAAAGCAUCCUUUCUCUCGAUUAUAACGAAGCCGAUGACGAUGCAUUGGUUUUAACUAAUGGCGAGACUUUACAGAGUGAUCCGGAAUGAGCGUUAUUUUAGAUUGAUUUUGGAAGAUAUCGGCCACACGUGUGGUUAAUCGCGGUAUGAUUUGACAUGUACACGUUACUAUGUACAAAAUUUUUCAUCUAAAGCAACGCCGGCUAUUUACGAGACAUUGUUCGAAUAAAUAAAUAAUUAGCCAUAAAGAAACGUAAUUUCAGUACCUGUAUUCGUGAUAAACUGCAAAGGAUAAAUAUUCACAUUGGUUUCUAAAAUAAAAAAAAAACCUGUAAAUACUCUUAUACCAUGAUUAGAUCGUCGAUACAAAGAUCACGUUUAUAUCAAGUUACUUGCAAACGACCAAGUUGCGUAUUAUAUUGCAAAUACAUAUAUAUCAGACGAAAAUUCUGACUAGAUUAAUAUAAUUUAUUACGGCCGAAUGCGCUGUAAAGGAAACCAGAACAAUCGAAUUUUGUUUGUAUUUUGUAAAUUUAUUGUAUUAAAACUAUGUAAGUACCAGCGAAAGUUUGAUCAUCAGUAAAAACAAGAAUGAUCUGAAAGAUAUUGUCAACACAUUUAAUCAAAAAUGCCUGACCAUAUUACGUAAAUAGAUAAGUACGUAAAUUCUAAUAUUUUCAGGCAUAGAAGAGGCGCACUAUGAGAUUUUCGCAUAAUUAUGUACGAAACUGUCGGAUGUGCAUAUAUGUAUUUUCUGUGCAAUGUGUGGCAUGUAUCGACCGCGCGCGUUUUUAUUUUGAUUUUAUUAAAUGAUUGGGAAACACAUAAAGCAGGUAACAAAAUAUACUAUAUUAGUCUUAGUGUGAUGCAUAUGGAUUGAUCUCACAGACUGAUACAUUAAAUUCGUACAUUUUUAAUUUUUUCCUGAACUAAACUGAAAUUUGUAUAGUGUUUAAUAUAUUUUAUAUUAUCUAUAUACGCAAAAAUUUGUGUUUUUCAUCAUCUCUUCAUCAAACAAUUGAGCUUUCAAUUUCGUUCACAGUCCAUGCUGUAAGGAAAAAAGUGAUGGAUAUUGAAGUUUGCAAUGAAAAACAGAAAUAAAUAAAAAUAUACAUAAUAUUUCAUCCCAAAUUUUAUAGUGCCAUUAUUAUUCUUAUGUAGAUAUUUUGGUAACUGCUGAGUUACAAGUGAUGAAAAAUAAAGCUUUUUCUUACGCACAUAUUCCAAUUCAAGCAUGGUGUCUUCUUUUCUUUAAAUAAUUAAAAACUAUUAGAAAUAAUUUAUAUUUCGAUAAGAAUCUAAUGAAGUUUUACACAUCCGCCUUUUUGCUUACGUGAUGUAGGACGUCCGCGUGUUAGUUUACACACCAUUAAAAAGUUAUGCUAAUAUAAAUUGUGAAUCUUCAACUGCAAAACAUGAUCAUUAAAGAAUUCCUUAUUCAGACUGAA